AGAGCAUUUUCAUCGCGUUGACGGCUUGCCGUUUCCUAUCGAAGCAAUGGCAGGAGUGAAAGCUUCUCUGUUUUAUGGAGUCAUUGCUGCCUUAACGGGUUCGGAGGUGCUUGCCUUUGUGGAGGAUUUGGACGACACAUUUAAAGAGACCAGAGUCAAUGACAUCUGGCUGGUUGAUUUCUACGCUCCUUGGUGCGGCUACUGCAAAAAACUGGAGCCCGUGUGGCACGAUGUGGGCGCCGAGCUGAAAGUAUCCGGGUCGCCGGUCCGUGUCGGCAAGAUGGACGCCACUGCUUACUCAGGAAUGGCGUCAGAGUUUGGCGUGCGCGGUUACCCCACCAUAAAACUAUUAAAGGGUGACCUGGCCUACAAUUACAAAGGUGCGAGGACAAAAGACGACAUAGUGGAAUUUGCCAAUCGGGUGGCCGGGCCGGCCGUUCGAGCCCUUCCUAGCAAGCAGAUGUUUGAGCAUUUGAUGAAGCGACACAACGUCCUCUUCGUGUACGUCGGCGGCGAGUCUCCCCUCAAAGAGAAGUACAACGACGUUGCCACUGAGCUCAUUGUCUAUACAUAUUUCUUCUCGGCCUCGGAGGACGUCCUGCCAGAGGUGACAAAUGAUCAAACGUCCGUAACCUUGCCGGAGUUGCCCGCGGUUAUCGUGUUCAAAGAUGACGCCUACUUCACCUACGACGAGUACGCUGAUGGCAGCCUGACCAGUUGGGUCAACAGAGAGCGCUUCCAAGGCUACCUGCAGAUUGACGGAUUUACACUGUACGAGCUUGGAGAGACAGGCAAACUGGUGGUGAUUGCAAUCAUUGACGAGAAGGACCCCACCGAGGAGAGUGGCAGAUUAAAAGUGUUGAUUCAGACGGUUGCCAGGGAAUACAGAGAGCACUUUAGCAGAGAUUUCCAGUUUGGCCACAUGGAUGGGAACGACUACAUCAACAGCCUCAUCAUGGGCGAGGUGACGGUGCCUUCCAUUAUCGUCCUCAACACAGCCAACGAGCAGUACUUCCUGCCCAGCCAGCCGACCGAGACCGUGGAGCAGCUGGUCCAGUUCAUCAGCGGCGUUCUGAACGGUUCCGUGCCGGCUCAAGGAGGUGACGGCUUCAUCCAGAGGAUCAAGCGCGUGCUCUUUGAUGCCAGAUCCACUGUGAUGUCAGUGUUCCGCAGCUCACCCCUAUUGGGUUGCUUCCUGUUUGGCCUGCCGCUGGGCGUGAUCAGCCUCAUGUGCUACGGCAUCUGCACGGCCGAGACGGACGACGGCUCGGACGACAUUGACGCCAUCAAGCGGGAGGGUCUGACCGACGACGAGGAGGAGCAGGAGGAGGAGGGGGGGAGAGAAGAGGAGGAGGAGGAAGGGGAGGGGGAGGAAGAGAGAGAGGAGGACGAGGAGGAGGAGGAAGAGGAGGAGGAGGAGGAGGAGGAGGAUCGACGGUUGGAGGGCCCCGAGGGGGAGGUGGCAUUAGAAAAGGAUCCAGAAGAGAAGAAAACGGAUUAACGCAGGGCUGCAUGAUGGAUGGAUGGAUGAGUGAGUGGAUGUGACGUGGAACUCAGACGCAUCAGCAACACGGCUCGUGUCGCUGAUCUUUGCUUUUCCAUCUCACUGGCCUGUUUCAAAGCCUGUCUUAGCACAGGCUCUCCAAGCGACGCGUUUCCCGAUCUUACGCUUACGGAACGCCCCCAGACGGAAACUCUGCCAUAAUUGUCAUUUGCGCUUUUCUUUUGGUUCGUUCAAGAUUUGUGAGUAGAGGGCCACUAUGUGCGCCGUGUUGUCUACACGUCAUAUCCCGGGUCGCAUUUACGAUCUUUUUGUCCAGGUAGCCGACGAGCGGACAAAAGUAUUUGGACAAAUCCCAACGGACUGCUACAGUGGUGUGUCCCAAUACUCAAUGUCCGUGUGUGUAAGAAAGCUAAAAUCAAAAUUGGUGUAUGACUACACUGUGAACAAAAGUAUUCGGACAAGCCCCUAUGUCUGUUGAAGUGUGUCCCAAUAAUUUUGUCCCUGUCUGUAUAUAAGAUAUAAUCAAAAGAGGUGUGCGACAGCACUGUGGUCAAAAGUAUUGGGACAAGCCCUAAUUGACUGAUACACACAAGCAACCUUCCACCCCUCAAUAGAAAAAAAACAAGCCCUCGCUUUGCCUUUUGGUCUUUGUAUUUUAUUUCCACGUUGGAUUUAAAUAAAGAAUUGCCCUUUUUCUUGUUAA